GUGAGACGGGGACUCGAGUGUGCGCGGGAGAGCAGCAGUAACACCCAUCAACAGAUCCGGAUCUGACACGAUGACUGAGGAACUUCAGCAGUUGUGGAGGAGCUGUGAGCUGGAGUCAGUCUGAUGCUGGAAUAAAAUCACCCGGCAAUGCGGAGAAAGGGAUUAAAAAAGUAACUGUGCGAACGCAUCACAGCACAACUUGCAUGUGCAAGCUGAAAAUGAGCAGGAAAGCGCAAAACCAAUGGGCUUGAAACGGAGCUCAGCCAUGAUGACCACCAUGACCUGGUAGACUGUGAAUCUGUGGAGUGUACGGCACGCACAGCAGAGAUGUACCAAGAGGUGGCUUUCCUAGCAGGCAGCACCGAUCAUCAGUUUACUUCUUUCCAUUUUAACCCUUUGGAGAACCCACAUGAAAUCAGCAGCAAAAAGGGUGUGUUUUAUAAACGUGCACAACUGCAGUGCAAGUCCGGCUUACAAGAGGACGAGGUUCAUCGGAAUCGAGGAGCUGGAACAGACGAGGGUGCUUUAGUUGACCGCACCGCCAUCAUCAAUGUGGGCGGCAUCCGUUAUCGCAUACCAUGGUCCACUCUUGAGGAGUUCCCAUUGACACGUUUGGGGAAGUUACGUAGCUGCAGCAAUGCUGAGGAAAUCCUGGACUUGUGUGAUGACUAUGACGCUCACUGCAACGAGUUCUUCUUCGACCGGAGCCCCAGUGCCUUUCGGUCCAUCGUCACGUUCCUGGCAGCUGGGAAGCUUCGUCUUUUGCGGGAGAUGUGCGCACUGUCCUUUCAGGAGGAACUGUUGUAUUGGGGUGUGGAGGAGGCCAGUCUGGAGUGGUGCUGCUUGAGAAAGCUCCGUCUCCGGCAGGAGGAGCAGCGGGAGAGACUCCGGCAGGAGGAGGAGGAGGCAGAGCUGACCGCGCCCCAGUCUUGUGAGGAGGCGCCGGGUGUCGGGAGCCCAGAGGAGGGUCGUCUGGCUGGGUGCAUGCACAGCCUCCGAGACAUGGUGGAGAAUCCUCACUCCGGGAUUCCUGGCAAGAUCUUCGCCUGCCUAUCCGUGGUCUUUGUGGCCAUUACGGCAGUUACACUGUGUGUCAGCACCAUGCCUGACCUGAGGGAGGAGGAGGAGAGGGGCGAGUGCUCCCAGAGGUGCUACAACAUCUUUGUGCUGGAAACAGUUUGUGUGGGCUGGUUUUCUCUGGAAUUCCUGCUCCGUUUCAUCCAGACGCAAAGCAAGUGGACGUUCUUGCGCACACCCCUCAACAUCAUCGACGUAGUGGCAAUCCUGCCCUAUUACAUCACUUUGAUAGUGGACUCACUGUCCGUGAGCGACCGCCCCACCGGCUCAGGAAACAACUACCUGGAGAAGGUGGGAUUGGUCCUGCGAGUUCUUCGAGCAUUGCGGAUCUUCUACGUGAUGCGUUUAGCACGUCACUCUUUGGGGUUGCAGACGCUUGGAUUGACCGUACGUCGCUGCACUCGAGAGUUCGGACUGCUGUUGCUGUUCCUGUGUGUGGCCAUGGCACUGUUUUCUCCGCUGGUCUUCCUGGCGGAGAGCGAGAUGGGUGCCAAGCAGGAGUUUACCAGCAUCCCCGGGAGCUACUGGUGGGCCGUCAUUUCGAUGACGACGGUUGGAUAUGGUGACAUGGUUCCACGCAGCAUUCCAGGCCAGGUGGUGGCGCUCAGCAGCAUACUGAGUGGAAUCCUGCUCAUGGCAUUCCCAGUCACAUCCAUAUUUCAUACUUUUUCACGGUCCUACCUGGAGCUUAAAGAGGAACAGAGUCGGGCCACAAGACAUAAGCCCGAUUCACAAGACAGCACCAAGUCACAAAACAGUGAGGAUUCACAGGACACUGACAGUUCCAUACAUGGAAUCAUAGAGACCACUGCAGUAGGUGCGCAUCACCGCAGAUCUGUGGCUGUGGCAAGUCAAGGAGCCCCACAGGUCAGGAAAUCACUGAAGUCGUAAUGCAAGCAGCUGACUGUAAUGCUAAAAAAAUGAACAAAGACUUGUUACAGGUGAGCGGCCAUAAAUAGUACCUGUAUAAUCAGGUGACUUGACAAUAAUAGACACUGGGAAAGGGACAUGAAAGGACAGAUUUGUAUGUCCAAAGCACAAUUAUUGAAAGAGUUCACCCUUAAAUGAAUGAUCUGUCAUCAUUUACUAACCCCCAUGUUGUUCCAAAUGCAUAUGAUUUUCUUCCAUGGAACACAAAUGUGAAUGUCUGGCGGAAUGCCAGUUGUUUUCAUAUAAAGAAAGUGAAUGGAGAAAGCGUCUAUAAACAAAAAAGUGAUCUACAGUAGUCAACAUCUGAAGUGGAUCAAAACCUUUCAUCCAAGUUGUCCUAAAACCUAAAACACACAACUUUUAUGAACUUUUUUGAUCCACUUCAAAUAUUGACUACUGUAUAUGUAAAUCACCUCUAUCACGUCCUACUUGCACCCACUCUGAGGGGGACUCGAACCUGGGUCACCAGACUGGGGGCGGGCACACUAACAAGGAGGCUAAAGCAUCAGUCACUAGCACACCUCUUGAGAUCAGGGGAGUGAGGUUUACCUGCACAGCACUUACCAGCUGGCCUCCGUUAUACUCACCCCCUUAAACCUCACUCCCAUCUGGGUCAUGGCACCAAUGUAACUCCCUUCCCCAGUGACCUACUCGCACACGCUCAUAGCGGCACUCGAACCUAGGUCACCGGCAUGGGAAGCAGAUGUACUAACAAGGAGUCUAAAGAUGGCAGCCUCUAGCGCCAGUUGCUAGUGCGUCUCUUAAGAUCAGAGGAGUGAGGAUUACCUGAACAGCACUUACCAGCUGGCCUCCAUUACACAUACAACUCAUAGUAUUAUAUUCUAAGCUUUCUGGGGCCAUAUGGUAACUUUUGUGUGAGAAAAUCAUUCAAAGUUUAAGUUAUUCAGUUUGUCCUCCCCUCUUAAAUCUCAUUCUUGGUGUGUUGAGUGUUCAAAUGUGUCAUGUAAAUCAGUGACACAAUGCACCAUUAUUGUUGCAUGUAUCAUAACGUAUAUUGUACUGUUUGAGUGUUUAACUCAGGGGCACCAAACUUGAUCCUGGAGGGCCGGUGUCCUGCAGAGUUAGGAUCCAACUUGCCUCAACACACCUGCCUGGAAGUUCCUAGUAUACCUAGUAAGAGCUUGAUUAGCUGGUUCAGGUGUGUUUAAUUAGGGUUGGAGCUAAACUCUUCAGGAAACCGGUCCUCUAGGACCGAGUCUGGUGACCCCUGGUUUAACUGGUCCUAGUUGCUCCACUCCAAGUAGGAUUCGAACCAGCAUCAACUGGCUCUAGCACUUGAGGUUAGGGGAGUGAGUUUUACCAGCAGUUUUACCAGUAUCUACAACCUGGCCUCCAUUACAUUUACCCAGCCAUACCCCUCCCUACUUUAGAGUGGUCCUAGUCGCACCACUCUAAAAGAGAUGUCAACCAGCAAAGAAGGAGGGCACACUAACAAGAAUACUACAACCAAUGGCCCUUGACGCAUCUUUUGAGGCCACGGGAGUGAAGUUUACUUGUGCAACUCUUGCUACCUUGGCUCUGUUAUAGUCACUCCCCUAAAUUUCACUUCCAUCUGAGUCAAGGCACUAAUGUAACUUGUCCUACUCUCACCACUCUGAGAGGGAUCUGAAUAAGCAUCAAUCAGCAUGAGAGAGGACAUGCUAACACGAACGCCACUAACAUGAGCCAGUGGCCCCUAACAUGUCUUUUGAGGCCGGGGUAUUGAAGUUUUCUUUACAGUAGUUUCUUAUCAUGCCUCUGUUAUACUACCCUAAAUUUCACUCACCUCUGGGUCACAGCACCAAUGUGACUGUUCCUACUCACACCACUCCUACCCCUUUUCCACCAAGGCAGUUUGAGUGCUGGUUCAGAGCCAGAGCCUAGUUUCAAAUCGGUUCUUUGUCUUUCGACACCCAUACAACAGCUUGAAAACUGGAAAAGUGGUUCGUAAGAAGAACCAAAACAUUGCUGGUCAAAAAGUAAGAACAGCUUACAUCAGGUACUGGGGGCAGUGUUCCCGUGACCAACAGGACAAACAAAAACUUUUGACCGCCAUUUUUGAAAUGUUGGUUUUGCCAUGUUUGGAUGCCGAUGUACAUUCGUAAAGCCAUGAAAAUCAAUAGCAACGCAAUCUCCACCAUUGUUGAUAAUGGGCUUGUUCGGGAUGCGUCAGCGUUGCACGGACUGGUUGGCGUGUGGCAUUGAAGUACCACGAGAGCGAUUCAAAAGCUUUAAGUCGUCUGCUCUCUACUUGCUCUUGCGAUUCUAUGGUGUUGUACACCAGUUGGUCUGAUCUGGUGUGUUUGGCGGUGCUACACUAGCAUUGCUAGGAAAGAUGAAACAUAUUCAGUGAUUAAAGACCUUGCUCUGUGGUGGCUCUCAAGCCCAUGGAAAGGUAAAGCAGUUCUUAGAAGGCUCUGCAGUUGAACCAACUCUGAACUAGCACCCGAUUCAUGCUGAUGGAAAAGGGGUAUCUGAGAGGGAUUUGAACCAGAAUCCACCAGCAUGGGAGAGGGCAUGCUAAAAAGAAUGUUAAAACCAGUGGCCCCUAACGUGUCUCUUGAGGCCAGGGGAGUGAGGUUUACCUGUGCAGCUCUUACUAGCUUGUCUCCGUUAUACUCACUCAUCUGAACUUCACUCCCAUCUGGGUCACGGCACCAAUGUAACCACCAAUGUUCCUACUUGAACCACUCUAAGAGGGAUUCAAACAAGUGCCAACUGGCAAGAAAGGAGAUCAUGCUAACAAGGACGCUAAAACAGUGGCCAUUAAUGUGCCUCUUGAGUGAGAUUUACCUGCAUAUCUCUUGCUAGCUGGGCUGUUUUUUCCUUAAACCUCACUCCCAUCUGGAUAAUGGCAUCAGUAAAACUGGUCCUACUUGCACCACUCUGAGUACGAUUGGAACCAGUAUCAAUUGGCAUGGGUGGCAUGUGUGCCAACAAGGACACUAAAAACUAGCAAGGAAGAGAGGUUUACCUGCAUAGCUCUUAUGUGACUUAUGUGAAAUGGUGACCUAUACUCAGAAUUUGUGCUCUGCAUUUAACCCAUCCAAGUACACACACACAGUAGUGAACACACACCCAGAGCGGUGGGCAGCCAAUGCUGCGGCGCCCAGGGAGCAGCUGGGGGUUCGGUGCCUUGCUCAAGGGUCUCACCUCAGUCAUGGUAUUGGGAGUGGAGAGAGCACUGGUUAUUCACUCCCCCAACCGACAAUCCCUGCCGGACCUGAGACUCGAACCCGCAACCUUACAAGUCCAACUGUCUAACCAUUAGGCCACGACUGCCCCCUAGCUGGCCUGUUUUACAUAGAAAGCAAUUCUAAUGAUAUUUGAGAGCUCAACUGCCUCUGUCCCCAGUCACUUUCAUUGUAUGGAAAUGAGCAGCAUGAACAUUCGGUUAAACAUUUCCUUUUGCGUUCCACUGAAGAAAGACAAUCAUAUGGGUUUAGAGUGGCAUGAGGAUGAGUGAUGACUGAAGUUUCAUUAAGCUGGUGAUCCUGAUAGAUGGAUGCUCCUACCUGUGAAAACUGUAUGACUGUGAAGAUUGCCAUUUUAUUUUGCAUCCACCUUUAAGGUAAAAUGAGCUUUUCUCUGUUGUCAGAGGAUACAGUGUUACACUGUUCAAAAGAGGCUAUUAAACUUUAAGUUAUGCUCCUAUAUAGCUGAUUUGCAAUAACUAUGUUUAUGAAAACACAUUUACACACAUUCCUGUAUAGCUCUGCUUUUAGAUGCGAUAGUCUCAGGAUCUGCCGGUUGUGAUAAACAGUAAAAUGCCCUUUAAAAAAAUAAAGGUUUCUUAUUUUCAAAUCCUGAGUGCUGGUUUGUAAGCUAUAUAUAUAAAAAGAUUUAAAUGAACAGAUGGAAUUACUCAACCCAUGAAAAUAAUUUCACUACUAAAGGUACCUUGGUAUUAC